UGCUAUAUAUCACAGAGACGCAUAGGAGAUCGAUCGAGUCUUCGAGAGGGGACAGGGGAGGCAGAGGACGGAGAGAGUCGCCCACCGCCGCCACCACCACCACCACAGGCGCCACCCUGCUCGAUCGAGCAAGCAGUGUGACAUUAUAGCUAGGCUGCUGCACAUGCACCGUGCUGUGCUGGUCAACGAUACACUUCUCUUUUCACCAAUACAGUCACGAAGAAGUACUCCAGCAGCAGCUGCAGCAGCAGCUGUAUUAUAGCCGGCUACCACCACCGAUCCGUCGACCGGAGAUGCAGCCGGCCUGCUCCGGCGCCGCGCUUCUCGCCGCCUUCAUCGCCGUGCUGGCGUAUUCGGCCGCGCGCUGCCGCGGCCAGCUCGCCGACAACUACUACGCCGGCAAGUGCGGCAACUUCAGCGUGGAGGCCAUCAUCCGGGACGCCGUCAAGGCCCGCCUCGCGUGGGACAAGCGGAUGGUCGCCGGCCUCCUCCACCUGCAGUUCCACGACUGCUUCGUCGCCGGGUGCGACGCGUCCAUCCUGCUGGACGGGCCUGACACGGAGAAGACGGCGGUGCAGAACAGCGGCAUCUUCGGCUACGACUUCAUCGACGACGUGAAGGCGGCGCUCGAGAGAGUUUGCCCCGGCGUCGUCUCCUGCGCUGACAUCAUCAUCGCCGCGACAAGGGACGCCGUUGGCAUGUGCGGGGGGCCGAGCUACCAAGUGCAGCUGGGCAGAAGGGACGGCAUGGUGUCGCAGGCGUCCAUGGCGAGCAUUCUGCCGGGCCCCAACGUCGACGUCCCCACCGCCAUCGAUCUGUUCGCGCGGAAGGGCCUCAACAGCUUCGAGAUGGUCAGCCUCAUGGGCGCGCACACGGUGGGGGUGACGCACUGCUCGGUGAUCCACGACCGGCUGUUCAACUUCAACGGCACCGGGUCGCCGGACCCGGCCAUGGACCCGAUGUACGUGUGGAUCCUGACGACGUACGCGUGCCCCAGGGGCCAGGCCUUCGACAACAUCGUCUACCUCGACGACCCCUCCAGCAUCCUGCUCGUCGACCGGAGCUACUACUCCCAGAUCAUGAAGCGCCACGGCGUGCUGUCCGUGGACCAGGCCCUCGGCGACAGCAGCGCCACCGCGUGGAUGGUCAAGUUCCUCGCCACCACCGACUUCUUCCCCUCCAUGUUCAGCUACGCGCUCAACAAGCUCGCCGCGCUCGACGUCCUCACCGGCACCGACGGCGAGAUCAGGAAGAGCUGCCGGAGGACCAACUGAUCUGACGGAUCGGAUCGAUCUGCCGCAGUUGUUAGUUGAUUGAUACACAGAGAUAGGUUAAUCAAUCAUUACCAGCAGCUACCUAAUAGCUGGCUAGACGAGCAGCUGCUGUGCUGUGAGACGCAAAGGGGGAAAAAAGGACAAGAGAAAGCAUAUCGAACCAAUGGAUCGAGGACUGAGGGAGCAUUACCAGUGGUAGCAUUUGGUUUUACCGUAGUAAAUUUGAGUAAAGAUUCAAUUUACUGGUGUAGUACAAGGAUGCAUUUUGUGUGUGUGUGUGUCUGUACGCUGAUUCUUUUGUACGUGGCCGCUAUAAAAAUAUACGUUCCAUGCAUAUACACCACUAAUUUAUACUGUACUAUUAUAUAUCAGGAUUUUUCAUAAGAGAAAUGUUUAAUA